AUGUUUAAGCGAGCAAUGAGCACAGAUGGACCCAUGGCACAUGCCAUUCUUAAGAGACUAGAACGUCGUUUUCCAGAUUACAAGAACUUUGCGUUUGGUCUGUAUAACGACUCAUACAAGCAUAAGGGACAUGCUGGUGUGCAGGAAAAUGCCUCUGCUGAGACACAUUUCCGCAUUGAGAUGGUCAGUAAAAAAUUUGAAGGCCUGAAACUUCCACAACGUCACCGCAUGGUUUAUUCUCUCUUACAAGAUGAGAUGGCGCAGACAAAUGGCAUCCAUGCUUUACAAUUAUCGCUAAAGACUCCACAGGAAUAUGAGUCCAAGGCCAAAUAG